GUGUUGCGAAACGAAACUACGAAACAUGGCUGCUACCUGUAUGUCAACACGAGCGUUGUUAGAAACUGCUUUUGCUCGUGAACUAAAGAAUGUUUUCCUCCUUGGAUAUGCUUGUAGGAGUAACGUGACAUCUGCUCCUUUUCGAAGGAAUAGUUUUUCUGUAGGAUGUUGUCCUACAGUGCAAGCCAGACAGAUUCAGACAAAUAUAGGUCACCAUCAUUUACGCCGGUGUUGCACUCGUCACAACCAUGUCCAUUGCCGUGUGUCACUUCACCAGCCAGCCAGCAGUCUUUCAACGUUCCUGUCCGGUGGCAAGACGAGUGGUUUCCCGCUGUGUUCUGUGGGCUCAGAGAACGCGGGACAGGAGAGAUUGUAUUCGUCAUCGCAUGAAGACGCGGUCAGAGCUGCGAAAUCCGUGACAGUCGAUCCGUACAAACUUGUGGAGUUUGAGAUGGCGUCUCUUGCCAGUGAUAUCAAGAAGCUACUUAGCACCAAAGAAGCUUUACUCAGCACAAUGGCUCACCAUUUCUUUGAUGGCAAGGGCAAGUCGUUCAGACCUCUUGUGGCCAUGCUCAUGUCCAAAGCUUGCAAUGCACACAAUCUUAACGCUGAAAGCAUGCUGUGGUCCCAGAAGAUCGUGGCCAUGGUGGUGGAGAUGAUCCACGCGGCCAGUCUGGUCCACGAUGAUGUCAUCGACGCCUCGGACACGCGGCGCGGCCAGCCCAGUCUGAACAAGCUCUACGGACAGCGCCGGUCGAUCCUAACCGGUGACUACAUUCUGUCGGAGGCCUCUAUAGCCAUCUCCAAAACGGGCAACACUCGGGUCAUCAUGAUCCUGUCCUCUAUAUUAGAGGAUUUAGUUAGUGGAGAAUUCAUGCAACUUGGAUCAAAAGAAGAUGAGAACGAAAGAUUUUCGCAUUACUUAAAAAAGACAUUCAGGAAGACAGCGAGUCUUAUAGCCAACACAUGUCAGUCAGUUGCUAUCCUAGCAGAGUGCGAUGAGCAUAUAUCAGAGAUGGCUUAUCAGUACGGCAGGAACCUGGGCGUUGCCUUCCAGCUGGUGGACGACCUUCUAGACUUCACCUCCACGACCUCCACUAUGGGAAAACCCACGGCCGCUGACCUCAAGCUGGGCCUGGCCACCGCGCCCGUCUUGUUUGCCGCGCAGCAGCACCCGGAGCUCCAUGCCAUGAUCAUGCGGAGAUUUUCCAACGAGGGCGACGUGGAGUACGCCCGCAGACUGGUGGAGGAGAGUAACGGAGUGGAACAAACGCGCCUGUUGGCCCAUCAGCACAGCAAGGAGGCCGAGCGCAGCCUUCAGGACUUUGCCGAUUCCAACUCGAAGAGAGCUCUUAUACUGCUGGCGAACAUGUUGCUACAGAGGAAGAAAUAGAACAACGGUUUCGUGGUGUCUGUUAG